AUGGAGAAUGAUUCCACAUCGGAAAUUCAGGCUGCACGGGCAGCGUCGUUGUCUCGUGCUGCAGAGAGUUUGGCCAAGGCAGCGGUAAAGUUAUCCGAGGCAGCACGAGCAAUGUCGCUAGUAGCUGGGGCCUUAUCAAAAGGGAGCUUGGCCAAAAAAUAUGUUAUUAGUGGGUCUGAGGGUCAAUCAAUACCUUCAGAUCAAACCGAUCGAACCUCAUCUGGUGGCCUAAAAGAAGAUGAUGGAGCAGGGUUAGCCCAACCAUACCGAUUGCUCUUGGACGACGAGGCAGAUAUUCUCCUGUUUCUUUGUUCUCUUCUAUAUGAUCGACCCAAAAUUGUGUGUUACAUGACUUGCGGCACUUAUCUACUGAAGCUCUACAAAAGUCUUAUUGAUAGUGUGACGGAAACGAGUGUGAUAAUCCCUGAAUCGCGUACUAAAACAGCGAUCGAUUUCUGCUUCGACAAAUUUCUCAAGGAAAAGCGUUCAAUCGCUUUGUUCUCAGAAAUGGAUAUCCCAACCAACCCAGCCAAGGAAGUUUCGGAAUAUACUGUCAUUCAUGUCGGGUGGCCAAUUAGCAAGCGUCAAUACGUGACACAGAGGCGUGUUCACCAUACAUCGACCAACAUUCUCCUGGCCUUUUCGGGAGACAAGGAGCUAUAUUAUUCUGGAUCUGAAAUUGUGUCUCAGACGGUAGCAUGGCCAAAUGAUACCGUAGGGUUUAGGGCAUCAGUGGACAUUUUACGACCACUUUUUGAAGAAAGGCUAUCUGAGAUAUCGUUUGAGGCUAAAGAAGAGGCUUACCUUGACUGGAUUCAACUUCACUCACAACAAGGUCAGCGGUCUGUUAGUUCCUGGAAGCCAAGCGAGCUCGUACGUCGCGCGAACCGAUUCAUCCUUGGGCCCCUUGCGUAUAAAAGUCCACGAUCACUAAUGCGGAAAUCUACUCUUGAAAUGCCUCUGGCUGAUCUAUUGCCCGAAGUCCCAACCGAAUUCGUAACGCAGUAUGGACUGCAACCAGCCGUUGACGAGGGACUUCUUCGAGUUGAAGCCGAUGCAGAGUUGAACGAUGCAGGUGGUGGCGCUUAUUCUGCGAAUGAUUUGUCUGCGGAAGAUACACGAAAUUAUAAAGGAUCUUAUGCUACUUCCUCGUUUUUGCCGCAUCGAAUCAAACCUGAAGGACAUUAUGGCGAAGAACCGCAGCUUGUUUCGCCGCCAUCAGAGACUAUCGGUAUUGGGGAGUAUUUGACCUCUGGCUAUGAAGAUCAGACUGGAACUCGUUCAACAAGCCCUGAAACAUCCAAAUUGCCCGUCUUAUUGAACUCGUGGGCCACGAGCGAAGUGAAUCCACCCUAUCAUCUGCUGGUGGAUACCGAGGCCGAUGUUCUCCUCUUCACGUGCGCGAUGAUGAACAAAAAGCAACGAAUCGUAUGCUACAUGCCUUGUGGUCCUGUUUCUCUGAAGACAUACAAAAUCCUGAUCGAAGGUGUGGCCGAUAUCCCAGUUCACAUUGUGGAAUCUUCAAAAAAGGACCGAAUUUAUGAAAGUCUCUUUCAAGAUGACAGUUUAGUCCUCUUAGUUCCGGAGUCGCUUUCUCCGAAGAUCAAAAUCGAAGGGGAGAAUUCAUGGGUUAUCCAUGUCGGAUGGCCAGUCAACGAAAAGCAAUAUACUGCACAGCGGAUGAACCACCAGGCACAGAAUAAUAUUAUCGUAGCCUGUAGUGAAGAUUAUUCGCUGUAUCCCUCGGGUGAAAUUAUUCUUGACAUGGCCCAACCGUGGCCAAAUGACGGAGCGUCGUUCCGAGCAUCUGUUACGAUACUACGACCCCUUUACGAUGUGAUGCUGUCUGAAAUUCCGCUUGAAAUGAAAGCGCAGGUAUACCAGGAUUGGAUACAAUUUCACUCUAUACAUGGCCCACGCCUAGUCGAAGCCUGGACUCCAAUUACGAUCGUAGAGCGUGCAAAUGAUUAUCUUUUGGAAGUCUUGCAAUGGGGUAAGGAGCACGAUGGUGGCCUCCCCCUACCGGAAGUUUCGACUGGAUUCGUUGCUCAAAACGGGCUUGAAGCGGCUGCUCAAGAAGGAAUUCUUGUAGUUGAGGAAGACUCAGAUUCUGAUGAGAUGAUGUUAACCCCGGCGAUGAGACCGGGAUCGGCGCCUCCGCAAGUCGAGUUCCAAGACACACCGGGCUUCACGUAUUUUGCUCUCGACGAAGGGUUUGAAAAGGUCAAGGUUCACUACGCUCGUAUCAGAGAUUGUAUCACCAAGCGUGUCGUGUUAUAUCCAGGGGCGCUUGAUGAUUCUGAAGCUAUUGAGCGAGCAGUUUCUCAAUUUUGCGCUCAUUCCUCACCAGUGAUAUUAUUGCUAGCUUCCAACACCAAGAAUUUACCAUCAUCUUUGAGCCAGAGCUCGGUGGACUGUUGUAUUUACUGGGGUUUUACUGUCCCGGUGAAGCAAGCUAAGAAGAAUAAAAGCGCUAUCAACUGCACAACUACAAUUCUAGUUAUAAUGACCAGUCAGGAAGAGAAAAUGAACUUACAGAAUAUACCAAAUCAUCCCAGCGCUUCAAUGAUUCUUGACCGGACUGAGAAUUCAGUACUUGCCACUGCUCGCAACAGAACAAAGUCGGCCCUCAUUUCUAAUAAAGGAGUGGUUGGAUCAUUAUAUGGAAGUCGGCUGUAUGUCCUUGGGUUUAGUACGCGAAAAAAGGGUCCAGAAGAGACUGCGCGCCAAUUGAAUCAAUACGCCGCACGCUAUUUGCUUUACGGGGAGCCCGAAGAUGGUAGUGAGGUGUUUCCUCCGGUAGCUGGGCGGCCAAUAGCACCCAAGAAAAUGGUGGAAAAGCAUGGGUUACAGGAAGCGGUGGAUGCUGGUUUAUUGAGGAUCAAAUGA